CGCGGUGUGUUGUAGAUGCAAUUUGCAAACACCGGAUUCGACCUCGAGGCGGAUUCUCCAGGUUUGUUAUGUCCUUUUAGGUCAAUACAUAAGAGUUGGUGUAAAGGCUGCUGUGAGUAAAGCUUCCCCAAAGCUGUCAGAAACCGACAGUGCAAUAAAGUCCCAUCAUAUUUCAGAAAACCAAAUACUUCUUUUCUCGAGCCAUUUCGUACGUUCUUUCAUCAUGGGACAGAGUGAAAUUGUACCAGAAGCGUGGCAAGUAGAUGCUUCACUGACCAGCAGUGCACAUGCCCCCGAAGUGUAUCUUCAUACAACAACACCGCUCGGGAAGUGUUCCUGGACGUUCCAAACCAUCAGAAAGAACCUCUUUCGCACCACGUUCUCCAGCGAAAACCACCCUAUACCACCUCAUCCAAGUGCAAAGCGACCAGCUACAAGGCUCAACCCUCAAUCAGUCGCUGUCACCACACCAGAAGAAACCUCGAAAUUCAUUCGACUUGAGAAUCUAAGUGUCAAUAUCUCCUGGUCUGGCACACCGCUCCUAAAAUUUAUCUUUGACGGCCAAGCCAAGCCUCUUCACGAAGACCUGCCUUUUCGCUCAUACGCCUUCGAUGGCCCAGGCAUCGCCCACUACACACGUUAUGCACGCAACACCCUUCACGUUGGCCUCGGCGAGAAAAGUGCCCCAAUGGAUUUAUCCAACCGGCACUUCAAGCUCUCCGCAACCGACUGCUUUGGGUACGAUGUAUACCGCACUGAUCCAAUGUACAAACACAUUCCCCUGUUAAUCAAUGCCACUGCAGACGGUGUUGUCGGUUCAUUCUCUACCUGCCACUCCCGCGGCUUUUACUCAGUCGGCUCUGAAAUGGACGGCUUGUGGGGUCAUUUCAAAGUGUACCGUCAGGAGCAUGGUGGGCUUGAGGAGUACCUUAUCGUCGGCCGUACACUGCAAGAAGUAGUUCACACAUACGCCGAGCUCGUUGGCUACCCUCUUCUCGUGCCUCGCUGGGCAUUCGGGUACAUCGCAGGCGGAAUGAAGUAUAGCAUGCUCGACAACCCUCGAGCAAGUGAAGCCUUGAUUGAGUUUGCGGAAAAGUUGAAGAAGUAUGACAUCCCGUGCUCUGGGUUUCAGAUGAGUAGCGGGUACACAGUCGCAGAGACAGAACCGAAGACGCGAAAUGUGUUCACGUGGAAUCGGCAUCGAUUCCCGGAUCCGAAGGGGUUUGUAGACGAGUAUCAUCGGCGAGGUAUUAGGCUGAUCGCGAACGUAAAGCCGUAUGUAUUGGGUAAUCAUCCAGAAUACGAAAAGUUGAGCGCAGCUGGUGCGUUCUUUAACGAUCCGAAAACAGGAGGAAGCGCAACAGCGCGGCUGUGGAGUGCUGGAGGAGGAGAGAGUGGCGUCGGAGGCCACCUGGACUUCACAUCCACAGCAGCAUAUGACUGGUGGUACUCUGGCGUGCGCGAGCUUAGAAAACUCGGCAUUGAUUGCAUCUGGAACGACAACAACGAAUGGACUGUGCCGGACGACGAAUGGCACUGCGCCUUGAAUGAUUCAGCCUACCUCGAGAAACCGUCAGGUCAGAUCUCGGACCGCAUUGGGCUUUGGGGUCGUAGUCUCAACACCGAGCUCAUGUCGAAAUCUUCGCAUGAUGCAUGCCUCGCUGUAUACCCCGACGAGCGCCCAUUCGUUCUGACCCGCAGUGCAACCGCCGGCUCGAUGCGAUACUGCGCAAGCACUUGGUCCGGCGACAAUGUGACGUCCUGGGACGGGAUGAAAGGCGCAAACGCUUUGUCGUUGACGGCAUCUUUCUGUCUUCUGCACUGCUAUGGGCAUGAUAUCGGCGGGUUUGAAGGUCCACAGCCGAGUGCAGAACUGCUGGUACGCUGGGUCCAGCAAGGCAUUUAUUCGCCUCGGUUCGCAAUCAAUUGCUUCAAAACAUCACCUGAUAACAAUAGCGUCGGUGAUAUUAUUGAGCCGUGGAUGUAUCCGGAGGUCUUGACAGUCGUGCGGAAGGCUUUGCGGAGACGAUAUGAGCUCAUCCCGUACUUGUAUUCUCUCAUGCUCAACAGCCAUCUGCAUGCAAUGCCACCACAGCGAUGGACAGGAUGGGGAUAUGAGUCGGAUCCUGAAGUAUGGACGAGCCGCGUAUUAAAAGACGGCGAGACGGAAUACUGGCUCGGUGAUGCGCUUCUUGUUGGCGGUGUUUUUGAGGCUGGUGCUAAUAAGGCACGCAUGUAUCUGCCGAAAGGUCCACGAUUUGUAGACGUCCAUACCGCUCAGCUUUACAGCGGUGGCCAAUGGGUCGAGAUCGAGUCACAUUGGGAAAAGAGUAUUCCUGUGCUUGCGAGAGUUGGAGCUGCGAUUCCUAUCGGCAAGCCAGUGCAAGUCCUUUCCGUUGGCGACAAAGAGAACACGGCAAACCUUUCAGUGGAUGACUACCGUGGUAUUGAGAUAUUUCCUGACACGGAAUAUUUCGAGACGGAAUGGAUGAACAAUGUUUGGUACGAAGACGACGGGGUAUCACGGACUGAUAAUACGAUCUCAGAGUUCGCCAUCUCGUACAGAUGGACAAGUCAGGAAGUCGAGAUACAGUAUGAAGAAAAGCUAAAGGGGGGUUAUCAGCCUCCCUGGCGAACCUUGAGUAUCAUUUUACCUUUGAAUGAUCGACGAACUGUCAGAUUGAAUGACGCCGCGCUUAUGACGAAAGGCAUGGAUGAGCUUGGUCGAUAUGUUUUCGAGAGUGUAAAACUUCGUUAGAGACUGCCAUAUAGGUAACGUACAUGUAUAUCUGUACAUAUCAAUAGGAGCAGACGAGGCAAACUGUGUUCUUAGCAUAAAUGAUAGGGCUGUCUGGGUAGACACUUGCGGAAGGCCAGAGAAUUGUCAAAAGUACAUAACCAUAAGCCGUGAACGGUGAAUAGCUGAUCUCAAGGAAAUUC